AUGUUUUGGGGGUUACGCAGCAGCAGUAGCAGCAGCAAACUCAGCGCAUCGCCCGCAGCGACAAACCGCACCAAAGCGCCGCUCGGGUCGUCGCAACAAGUUCAGAGCACUGCAACUUCAUCUGCAACUACCGCACCUUCUCACGUACUAUCGGAGCAACGGCGCAGUGAACUGUUGUUCGCCGCUCGCACGACGCGCACCUUGUGGGUCGAUAACAACGACGCGCGCUGUUGUGCGGCGCCACUCGAGGCGUCGGGUGCACCUUCGCGCUCAUUGGCUACUUCGUUGCCCUCCAGCGCUUGUCGCGAAGCGCUCGAUGACCUGCACAAGGACUUUUCCAGCUUUUUCACGGCCUUAGAAGAGCUCAAGCACGACCUCUUGCCGCCCCACGACGUGCAGACGAGCAGGAAGAAGGAGGAGGAAGGAGAAGAAGCUGCUGGUGCUGGUGCUGGAAGGACCCAGAGGUCGACUCAGACGUACAAAACGCUGUUCCAAGAGCUGAGCGAGCAGGAGGUGUUGCUUGACCAAUGGCAGUGUUCGCACAGUCCACGCACGAGCACCAUGACAAGACACGGUCGAGACAUGUCGUUCUUGUUGGCAUUCCGGGAGCUCCUAGCGCUGCUGAAGAAGACAGAGGUAGCGGAUGUGGUGUACCGUAUUCAAUCGUUUGUCAAGAAAGCAGAGCUGUGGGAUUUACCUGAGAUGUUGGGGGCAACGAGAGGCCGACCGGGUGAAAGGAUCCACGAUUUUGUUAACAAGCUUGUCGAGCAGAUCAAGCACAGCAAGACGCUGACAGCGCUACUACAAGAGGACGUAGGAGACAACGAUGCGCAGCAGACCCACAACUACCUGAACGUCCGCGAUGCUGUUGGAGUGGACUUGCUGCACGAAGUGCUGGAAGCGUUUUUGAUGGAGAAGCUAUAUGUCAAGACGCUGACUCCCUCGGAUCAAGUGGCAAAGCAGGACGACGCUUUUCAUGAUCGUAUUAGCUUGCUGGCUUUUGUCACGUUAAAGCAUCUGGAUCUACCCGAGCCUAAGACGGACGAGCAAGAGCAUACGUGGCUCCGUCUGGCGACGCAACUGGAAGCUGCGACGCUGUACCCAAGUCCACGGCGCAAAAUGGACGGUAUCUUGCGUGUGUGUCAAGACCUGACAUCAUUCUUGAAGAUGCAAAAUGGUGACAGAUUUCCGUCUGCGGAUGAAUUCUUGCCCGCGCUGAUCUAUGUAGUAUUGCGUGCCAAUCCGCGCGAACUCAAGCGCAACGUGGCCUAUAUCCUCGAAUAUCGAAACCCUGCCAAGUUGGUUUCGGAGCCAGGCUAUUUCUUCACACAUCUGGUAUCAAGCAUUGCCUUCCUGGAGGAAGUUGACUGCUCUCGACUGACCAUUUCGGCUGAAGAGUUUGACGAAGGGCUGCGCCAAAGCAAGAAAAGAUUUGUGCUAGGUGAGGAACUUCGUGAAGUUGGCCUUGGUGUAAUGGGCGGCGACGUGAUAAGCUGCAGUGUGAGGACCGCGAACAACGCUACGGCAGCUGAAGAUCGAAAGCAGAUGCGUCCUCGUCCCGAUUCCUUUGGUCACGCGAUGGACGAAGACAAAACGUCACUGCGAUUCCCCACCGUUCUUGACGUUCGUGCAAAACGUCUGAGUUUGAUGGCCGACCCCCACAUGCGAGGAAACGACCAAGACAUGCACCGGUGA